AGGCUGGGCCCGCGGCGUGCGUUCCCGGCGUGGGGAUCGAGGAGAGUCGGACAUUCGGCGUGACAACGCCCCUGGCCGUGUGUGCCGUGAGCGGCUGGCACUGGGAUCCCGAUGCGGGAAAGGCCAGCUUCCCAGGAAGCAAUGGCUACCGAGAGUGCUUCCUCAGAAAUCAUAGAAAGACAAAGAACCAAGUUGCUUAAUGUCCUCCAGCAAGACCCCGAUUCGCUCUUGGACACUUUAACCUCUCGGAGCCUGAUUUCUGAGGACGAGUAUGAGAUGCUAGAGGAAAUUACAGAUCCCCUGAGGAAAAGCAGGAAGCUGUUAAUUGUGGUACAGAAGAAGGGAGAGGAGAGCUGCCGUUGCUUCCUGAAGUGUUUGUCUAACGCAUUUCCAGAGGCAGCUGCCACAUUGGGCUUGAAGCACGAAGUCCCACAGCAGGCGACUGAAGCAGCCGGGUUGCUGGGGAUGAGCAGGAAUGCAGCAGAUCCCUUUUCCCUCAGGAGGAACACUCCAGAGAAUGAAGAGAUUGCAGAGCUCUCUGAAGAGAAAGAAUGUGUGGGUUGGGAAUGGGAAGUGCCUGGAAGGAGCGAUGAUAGGGAAACUGCAGGCUCCUCCAGGGAGAGCGAGCAUUCCCUUGGAAGAGUUGAGUCUGAAGUUCCAAUGAGUAUCACAUACUUAAAUGAUGGGCAAAGAUACGAGGAGCUGGACGAUUCUCUGUACUUAGGAGAAGGGGAAUAUCAAGAGUCUGUUGGACACCCUGAAGAUGUUGAAGAUGUGGAGGAAGGGAACUUCAAUGACCUGGAGUGCUUUGUAUAUGACAGUGAAGAGGACCGCGAGUAUGGAGAAGCCAUGGGGCUUUCUAAUGAAGAAAGUAGUUACGAGGGUUCAGAGAGCGGCAUUUCAUUGGAAGAGGAAGAGAAAAGCACUGACGAUAGGAAAAGAGUAUUUCAUCAUAUCCUGUCCUGUUUGAGCAUGGAUAGAAGCAGAAAGCUUCUCCCAGAGUUUGUGAAGCAGUUUUCCAUAGACCGAGGAAGUGAGUGGACACCUUCAACCCCAGGAGACUUAGCCUGGAAUUUCCUGAUGAAAGUUCAGGCACUAGACCUGACAGCCAGAGAUUUUAUCCUUAGGCCCAAGAUGGUGGAUGAGGAGAGCAAAGGAGAAUUGCUGGCUGGUAUAGAGAAUUUAGAAAUUGGAGACAAACAAACCAUCAACCCCCUUGAUGUCCUUUGUGCCUCCAUGCUUUGUUCAGACAGCUCUUUGCAACGUGAAGUCAUGUCAAACAUGUACCAAUGCCAGUUUGCUCUGCCCCUGCUCUUGCCAGAUGCAGAAAACAACAAAAGCAUCUUAAUGCUGGGGGCCAUGAAAGACUUAAAGCUGUACCCAGCGCAGUCCUCAGGAGGGCCCCCCAGAGAAACAGAAACAUUUCUGAUUCCCAUGAAGAUGCCUGUCAUCUCUUUUGUGCGACUAGGACGCUGUAGCUUCUCCAAAUCCAGAAUCCUUAACACAUUGCUCAGCUCCUCCCAACAGAAGCCACACAAAAUCUUUCUCCAUCAGGAUCCCUCUGUUCCUGUGCUUCCUCGGCAAAUUUCUGGUGGCCUGGUGGAGGUAACGUGGUGUUUUCCUGACAACAAGAAGCUAAAGGAAAGUCGUCAUGUUUUCCAAAAGCCUGUUGCUAUGGCCAACCUGCGUGGAGAUCUCGAAAGCUUUUGGACACAAUUUGGUUUUCUGGUAGAAGUUUCCUCAGCCGUGUUUUUUUUCACUGACUGCCUUGGCGAGAAGGAAUGGGACUUGCUGAUGUUUUUAGGAGAAGAUGCUAUUGAAAGGUGCUACUUUGUCCUUGGUUCCUGGGCCAAGGAGCGUGAAGAGACCCAGAUUUUCCAAAGGCUCCUGAGACUCAAGCCAUCACAGCUACUGUUUUGGGAAGUAGAGGAAGCUGGGGAUAGAAGGGAGAAGAUGGAGGCCCUUCAAGCUGCCCUCCAGGAAGUAAUGUCCUCUUCAUUCAGAUGUGUGUCCCUAGAAGAUAUGGCCUCUCUGGCCAGGGAGUUGGGGAUCCAGGUAGACCAAGACUUUGAAAUUACUCAAGAUAUUCAAGAUCCCCCCAGAAUGACUGACGGUGAGAACCAGCAAACACAUAGUCAGACAAAAAUCCCAUCUGAAAGCCGAGCUCAGGUGCCAGUCACAGAGCCUGGGGCCCAACAUGAGGACAGCCAGAGUGCUCAGAACCCGCACCAGACUCCAGUAUUUGUGCCACAUCCGGUCCACCCAUGGCCCCUGCCUACCACACUUGGAAGUAACUUUUACCAUGUUUCCUUGAAAGCCCCCUGGGUUCUGAACUCCCACUUUGGGUCACAGCAGAGAGCUAAGUGGUUCUAUCUUUUUCCUCAUCAGAAUGCAAGGGUUCACAGAGGAGGAAAAAACUUUGGUAAUCAGCAUUUCCAACCCUGGAGAUUUUAUUCAGGGCAAAGAUCCAUGAAAUUUUCAGGACCUUAUCGGGGGUAUCAUUCGAGUGGAACAUUUGGGAGAUCACAAAGACAGACUUCUCUUGUACAGACCCGUCCUGAGAGCCUACAGGCAGAGAGAACCAUUCAAAGGCCUGGAACAGUGGUCUCUCCUGUAGGUCACUCACAUUCUCUCGGCUCAAAAGCAACAAAAGCAGCAGGAAACCCACAGCCUGUGAAAGCCUGUGCCCAGGGGAUGCACCUGAGUGACGGAACUAUAAAACCUACGAGGACAGCAUCUCAUACUAAGUACCCUCAUUCUCCGUCCUGCCAGGCAGCAGGGGCCAUUCAAGAAGGAAAAAUACCCGUUCCUCAUCAAGGAUCUCAGCGGAUGAUAAAGGGAAGGCCUUCAGAUCCAGCUUUCCAAGCAGGGUCUCAAUCCAUGUCUGGGAGUAAGCUUUCAUCUGCCUCCCAGUUCUGCUCCCUUCAACCCAAGUUCCAGGUCAAACAUGUCAAGCCUGAGCCCAUUCAACCUUCUCAGAAAAAAAACCCUCAUCCCCAGCCCUCCCAAGCUAAAGCCCCUCAUCCCCAGCCCUCCCAAGCUAAAGCCCCUCAUCCCCAGCCCUCCCAAGCUAAAGCCCCUCAUCCCCAGCCCUCCCAAGCUAAACCCCCUCAUCCCCAGCCCUCCCAAGCUAAACCCCCUCAUCCCCAGCCCUCCCAAGCUAAAGCCCCUCAUCCCCAGCCCUCCCAAGCUAAAGCCCCUCAUCCCCAGCCCUCCCAAGCUAAAGCCCCUCAUCCCCAGCCCUCCCAAGCUAAAGCCCCUCAUCCCCAGCCCUCCCAAGCUAAAGCCUCCCCAUCCAGAUCUACUCAGUCCAAGCCUCAUAGACCCCAUCAGUCCCAAUCUAAGCCUUUCCAACCUAGAUCUACCCAACAUACAUCAUCACAGACCAAGUCUUCGCAGGCCAAGACCUGCUACCCAAGAGCAGGGAGACGUUAACAAGCAUACCCCAGAGAGCCAGGAAGUAUGUCUUUUUUUCCGUCCUAUUUUUUUAUUUAAAUUAGAAACAAGCUUGUUUUAUAUGUCAAUCCCAGUUUCCUCUCCCUCCCCUCCUCCCUGGCUCCCCACCACCCCUAUCCCAUCCUUUUUCUGAUGACCAGGGAGGGUGAGGCCUUCUAUGGGGGAUCUUCAAAGUCUGUCAUAUCAUUUGGAGCAGGGCCUAGGCCCUCCUCCAUAUGUCUAGGCUGAGAGAGUAUCUCUCUAUGUGGAAUGGGAUC